UGGCCUCGGGCAGGGAUGCUGGGCAGUGGUUGGUGAGCAAGUGGGCAGCUGCUGUGUUUGCUGGGCCGGCAGGACGGAGCAGUCUGGAGACAGGCCCCUUCCCGGGCCGGCGAGGAGCCGGGAGUCAUGUGGGUGGCCCUGGGCAUGCUCUGGCUCCUGGCCCUCGGGGGGCCCCACCAGGCUGGGGGCUCCUGCCCCUCUCAGUGCAGCUGCAGCCUCCACAUCCUGGGUGACGGCAGCAAGGCCAGGACGGUGGUGUGCAGCGACCCCGACAUGACCCUGCCGCCCGUGGCCCUGCCCGCGGACACGCGCCGCCUACGCCUGGAGCGCACGGCCGUGCGCAGGCUGCCCGCCGAGGCUUUCCGCGCGCUGGGCCGCCUGGAGCAGCUCUGGCUGCCCUACAACGCGCUGGGCGAGCUCAGCGCGCUCCUGCUGCGCGGCCUGCGGCGCCUGCGCGAGCUCCGGCUGCCGGGGAACCGCCUGGCUGCCUUCCCCUGGGCUGCGCUCCGGGAUGCCCCCCAGCUGCGGCUGCUGGACCUGCAGGCCAACCGCCUGGCCGCCGUGCCCGCCGAGGCCGCGCGCUUCCUGGGCAACCUCACCUUCCUGGACCUCUCCAGCAACCAGCUGCUGAGGCUGCCGCAGGAGCUGCUGCUUGCCUGGGCGCAGCUGAAGAGCGGGCCCUUCCUGCCCGGCCUCCACGCCAGGCUGGUCCUAGGGCUGCAGGACAACCCCUGGGCCUGCGACUGCCGACUCUACGACCUGGUCCAUCUCCUGGACGGCUGGGCCCCCAACUUGGUCUUCAUCGAGGCCACACUGAGGUGCGCCAGCCCACGCAACCUGGCCGGAGUGGCCUUUAGCCAGCUGGAGCUGAGGAAGUGCCAAGGGCCAGAGCUCCGUCCAGGGAUGACCAGCAUCAGGUCCCCUCUGGGCGGCUCCGUACUGCUGCGUUGUGGAGCCACCGGGGUCCCUGGGCCUGAGAUGAGCUGGAGAAGGGCCAGUGGGCGCCCACUCAAUGGCACAGUGCACCAGGAAAUCUCCAGCGACGGCUCAAGCUGGACUCUCCUGGACCUGCCCGCCGUGUCACACUUCGAUGCCGGAGACUAUGUCUGCCAGGCCAAGAACUUCCUGGGGGCCUCGGAGACGCUCAUCUCUGUGAUUGUCACUGAACCCCAGACUCCCACAGAGGACAGCGCAAGCCCAGGGGAGCGGUGGACAAGGACAGGCGUCGAGGGAGAGGCGGCCGCAUACAACAACAAACUGGUGGCCAGGCAUGUGGCCCAUGCACCGGAGCCCGCCGUGCUGGCCGCGGGGCCCUCUGCACCCCGCACAAAGGGCGAGCUGGACCUGCAGCACCUCCAGGUGGACGCACUCAGCGAGCUGCAGGAUGGGCAGGAGGCGCACGUGGUGAGGUCGCUUAAGGUGGUGGGGGACACCUACGACAGCGUGUCCCUGGUGUGGAAGGCGCCCCAGGCUGGGAACGCAACCGCCUUCAGCGUCCUUUACACCGUCUUCGGGCAGCAUGACAUGCAGCGGGUGACCGUGCAGCCAGGCGUGACCAGCGCCACCAUCCAGGGGCUGGUGCCCAAGACCAAGUACGUGGCGUGCGUGUGCGCGCGGGGCCAGACGCCGCGCAAGGAGCAGUGCGUCAUCUUCUCCACCGACGCGGUGGUGGACGCCGAGGACACCCAGCGGCUCAUCAACGUGGUGGUGAUCAGCGUGGCGGCCACCAUCGCCCUGCCGCCCACGCUGCUCGUGUGCUGUGGGGCGCUGCGCAGGCGCUGCCACAAGUGCCGCGCGCGGGGCUCCGGGGAGGCGGCGGGCUCCUACGUGCACCUGGAGAGGCUGGCUCGCGGGGAAGACGGCUCCGAGACGCUGUCGCGGCAGAGCCUCAGUGGGGAGGCCGACAGGCUUCUCUCUGCGCGCUCCAGCCUGGACUCGCAGGCGGGCAGGCGCAUCAAUGAGUACUUUUGCUGAUGCCACCAGCCGCUGCGCCCGGAUGGCUGGGACCCACAGUCCCGCCACCAACUGCUGAGGCUUACAAAAUGCUUCCUGGGUUCCUGGAGGUGUUCUUCGCUCUUUAUCUUAACUCGUGUGACCUAUAACAACCAUUUGUAAAAGGCACCACUUUUUCCUCCCUUUUCCUGGAGGAGAAACAGGAGGUUAAGCAAUGUAUGUGUGUCGGUCAGUUUUGCUGUGUAACAAAUAAAAGCAAAAGCUCUGUGGUUACACUUAC